CAGAUUCAAGACACGUCAAAGGUCGUCAAGCCAGAUGGGUGGACACGCUUCUGGAGUUUAACCCCAAGAUUGACUACACGCCCGGCUCAGCCAACAAGGUAGCGGACGCGCUAUCACGUAAUGUGUCAGUCAAUCACCUUUCUGUCCUCAGCCCCUUCGAACUCCAGGCAAAGCAACGUGACGACCCACUGUAUGCAGAUAUCAUCGCCUACCUCGAGGAUAACACUAAGCUUCCGCCGACGAAUCGAAACCUCCCCAUCGAGGAGUUCUACCUCCGGGACGGCCUGCUCUUCCGGAAAUCAGCUCCUAAGAAACUGCGUGGAUCCAAACAACGCCGAACGUACCAUCAACUGGUCAUCCCCGAAGUCCUUGUCCCCACGGUGCUCAAGCUACUCCACGAUUCUCAUACUUCGGGACAUCAAGGUAUUUUCAAAACUUUGCAGCUGGCUCGCUCUCGUUAUUAUUUCCCCAGACUUGGUCCACGAGUUAUCAAACAUGUCAAAAGCUGCCAGAUCUGCCCCCUCUACAAAGGUCACACCGCCGCCCCAGCGCCUGCACUCACUUACGACAUACCAGAACGACCCUUCGUCAGAACCUCAGGCAAAUGGCCUCGUCGAAAGACUCAACAGAACGAUCCUGAACGUCCUCAGAACCUCCAUCAACGCACAAGACAAUGAGUGGGACCUGUGGAUUCCCAUCACUCAGGCUGCCAUCAACAGCACCUUCCAUUCCUCCCUAGGUGACAUCCCCAAUUACGUCGUGUACGGAGACGACCAGCGUCUCCCCUACGAACUCCUGCAACAGCGCCCUACUCCCGUCUACGGAGACGACUACGCGAAGAUCGUGAUCGCCCAAAAGCAAGAAGCCUACCGCAUCGCCCGCGAGCACUUGCGCGUAGAAAGGGACCGCAUCAUCGCUCAGCAACACAAGCUAGCCCGACGGAAGGAGAUCGCCGACGGCGUCCUCGUCUUCCAUCGUGUAUCAGAUAAGUCCUCUCCUAUGCCUAAACUUGCUCCUGACUUCGAGGGACCAUUACGAGUUCUGAAAGUGCGUCAUAACAAAGCUCUAUGUCAAAAUCUCAUUACCAACAGCCAAGCUUGGUAUCACUUUGACACGCUCAAACUAGCCAGCACUCACUAUGAGGACGAAUUCGAUCGACAACGUUCCCUCACCAGUAUCACUCCCACAGGUAUUGCUCCUGACUCCACACCUGCUACUUCGUUCCCAUUGUCUUCCCCAGGGCGCGCCUCCCUUGGUCUUCCACAGACAACUUCGGCCCAGAAAUGAUCGAGUCACCUAU